AAUACAAUCACUUUUUGAAAUGCAAACACAAAUCACACGUCAUUUCGGUGAUUGUGUCCACAAUUUAAGGCAAAAUUAAAAGUUUUUCAAAACACUUGCGAUUGAGUUGUAAAAAGUUUUUUAUAAUGAGUUUUGCGCCCAAAUUCACAUGAAAUCGGUUUAUAAUCGUUGUCAACAUUUAUUACAAUUUAGUUUUAGCCAUAAGUUCAACGAUUUGUGUCCGAAGACUACCGCAAAUCGUUUGAUGAGUACAUCGAUGACCACACCGUUGGCCGAGUCAUCGCCGGUGGCGGCGGUGGUCGACAGUCACGACGACACGGAUCCCAAGACAGACACCGAUAGCGGACAGUCGGCCGCCAAGCGUCUGAAGACUGACGACAACAACGGCGAGCCGUCAUCGACGGCCAACACCGGCGCCGAUGGUGUGACACAAUCGGCGCUCACCGCCGACGCGGACCUCAAGAAGGACUUCAAACGAGAAAAGUUGCGGAAAUGGGCUCUUUUGCUGAGCUAUUGCGGGCACCGGUACUACGGUAUGCAGCGUCAGACCAAAGACGCGGAGUUCCCGACCGUAGAGUACCGGCUGUUUGACGCCCUCCGCAAGAGUGGUGUCAUAAAUGAGGAGAAGUUUUCGGCGCAACACUUGUGUCGGUUCCAGAGGGCGGCGCGAACUGACCGCGGGGUCAGUGCCAUCAAACAGAUCGUCUCGCUAUUGCUUCCCGUGGACUUCGCGGACCACUUGGACGCCGUCAACGGCCACUUACCCGACGACAUACGACUCGUCGACUGUCUCCGAGUGACGAAGUUCUUCGACGCCAAGAACUACUGCGACGGCCGCACCUACAGCUACCUCAUGCCCACCUACGCCUUGUGUCCCAUUGAGGCGAACACGUGCGCCGCCUAUCGACUUGCGCCGGACGUCAGGGAGCGGUUCAACGAGACGCUAAGGGCCUACUUAGGCACUCAUAACUACCACAACUUCACGUCGGGUAAGGCGCCCACCGAUCCCAGCGCCAUGCGCUACAUAGUGUCCAUGGAGUGCAGUGAGCCGUUCCUGAUGUCGGCCGUGGAGUUCGUGGUGGUCCGGGUGAAGGGCCAGUCGUUUAUGUUGCAUCAGAUCCGCAAAAUGAUUGGUUUGGCGAUCGCUGUGGUCCGGGGUAUCGCCGGCGGCGAGACGAUCGUCAGGGCGUUCGGGACGACCCGUAUAGACAUACCGAAGGCGCCGGGUUUGGGGCUACUGCUCGAGGAGGUCCACUACGACAAGUAUAAUGACAAGUAUGGCGGCGAUGGCGUACACGAGCCCAUCGUGUGGGAGGCGAAGAAGGCGGCAAUCGAUGAGUUCAANCCCCCACCGGCCCCGGGUAAUCCCCCACCGGCCCCGGGUAAUCCCCCACCGGCCCCG